CCAGCAUUGCAUUUCAGUUCGACAGGGUACGCUUCAAAUUUUAAAGCCACAAUGAAAACUUUCGUCGCAGCUCUAGCCCUGUUUGCCGUAGUGGCCGCCCAGGACUCGUACACCACCAAGUUUGAUAACAUCGACGUGGAUGAAAUCCUGAAUUCGGAUCGACUGUUCAAGAGCUACUUCCAGUGCCUGUUGGACGAAGGGCGCUGCACUCCGGAAGGUAACGAGCUGAAGCGCGUCCUGCCGAAUGCACUGGAAACAGCCUGCGCCAAGUGCAGCGAGAAGCAACGUAGUGCUGGGGUCCGUGCCAUCAAGCACCUGAGCGAGAAGCGCCCUGAGGAGUUCAAGGCACUGCGGGCCCGGUUCGAUCCGGAGAACAAGUACGUCGACCAGUACGUCCGGGAUGCCGAGAAGCAGGGAUUGGCGGUGACUGUUUGAAAUGGUGGUGAUGUCUGUGAAAUAAUUCUUGGACCUUAUAUAGAUUACGGAGGUGAUUAUUAUA